UGUUGUAAAUAAAAUUUUCAUUUCCAUGGCGGACGAAAGCGGAAAGCGUGUACGGUAGACUAGCCGUAUAUUUGUGUAGAAAUAACUCUGAAAAUAAUUUAAAUAGUUAUUGAUUAUUGUUUAUGUAUCUUUUUCAAGAUAUGAACUAGGUUUAAGAGUGUGUAAUGUGUGUAUUGAAGUGUUAGAAGUGGACUUUAAAGGUUUGGCAAAAUGACGCAGUUUUUGCCACCUAAUUUGUUGGCUUUAUUUGCCGCAAGGGAUCCGAUUCCUUAUUUGCCACCAGCAGCGAAGCUACCACACGAGAAGAAACAAAAGGGCUACGAUGGAGUUGGAGCAUUCCUCGACGUUUUUGAGCAUCCCUCUGAAACCCCGCCACCGACGCGCGUGGAGACGAGGGAAGAGCGCAUGGAACGCAGGCGUCGUGAGCGAGCGGAGCAGACAGCAUACAAGUUGGAACAGGAGAUAGCGCUGUGGGACCCCAGCACUAACCCUAAGGCCACUAUGGAUCCGUUCAAGACUUUGUUCGUGGCUAGGAUUAAUUACGACACAUCAGAGUCUAAACUAAGAAGAGAGUUCGAGGGAUACGGUGCAAUUAAAAAAAUUUGCAUGAUAUUCAACAAGGACAACAAUAAGCCCCGCGGUUACGCCUUCAUCGAGUACGAACACGAGCGCGACAUGCAUUCCGCGUACAAACACGCCGACGGCAAGAAGAUUGAUGGUAAGCGAGUGUUGGUCGACGUGGAACGAGCUCGCACUGUAAAGGGAUGGUUGCCGAGGCGGUUGGGCGGCGGACUCGGCGGCACUCGUCGUGGCGGCGCCGACGUCAACAUAAAGCACUCCGGCAGGGAGGACAACGAGAGGGAACGGGAGAGGUACAGGCUCGAACAGAGGGACAGGGACGACAGGCCCAGGCAUGAUAGACCUGGCAGUCGCCGCCGGUCGCGGUCGCGGUCGCGGCGUCGCUCGGCGUCGCGCUCGCGGCGCCGCGACAGGGAGCGCGAGCGGGACAGGGACGCGCGCGACAGGGAACCCGACGAGGCUGAGCGCAACAACGGUCGCCGGCGCCGGUCCCGCUCGCGCUCGGAGCGCCGCCGCGAGCGCCGCGACCGCGACAAGGACCGCGAGCGCGACCGCGACAAGAAACGCUCCCGGCGGGACAAGGAACGG